AGUAAUAUCAUUGACCUUGACAAUCCAAGCCGCAACAACCCAAGAUGAGGCACAUAAGUUGUGAUUCUCUUAACUGGUUUUCCUGGAGAAGGAGACGGAAUAGAUAUAAGCUUGCUUCAGAAUAGCCUGGACCACUUGGUCACCGUCUAAUGUACCGAAAAAAACUUCAAAAAUGUUUCACGGGCUAGUUUUCACGAGUUUUGUGAUUUUCUGCUGGACUGAUGUGCUCGCUGGUCCUAUCACUACAAGCGAAACUUUUAAUGUCGCUUCGAUCAUAAAAAACAACCUGGACACCACCGCGAAUCCGUGUGACAACUCCUACCGUUUUGUGUGUGGUUCCUCGAACAUAACCUCUUUGCGACAAAAAAUUGCUUUGGAUGAUAGCUCAGCUACCAAGUUUCUAGAAGAUCUGAUCAAGAAAGGAACCGGUUUGAAGGACUUCAGACCCUUUCAGCUCAUCGAUGACGUCUACAAGACCUGCAUGAGGGAUGAAGCCGUUGGGGAACAAGUUGUCGAAAGCUUGCCCCACAUAUUUGAGCAGCUAGGCGAUUGGCCGCUGCUUGAAGGUUCCCGGUGGCAGACGAAGGAUUACAUGUGGAUAGACUUCAUUCUUCACAGCAAGGUGAUAGGAAUGUCUGUCAACCCGUUUCUGACUAUCGAACCGCUUGUCGAUCCUCAAAGCGGCCCUGUGGCGACCAAAUUUUCAGUAACCAGUGAUCCACCAGAGUUCAACAGAUCCAUUACCAACGCAUCGGAUCCACUACUAGUUGCCUACUCAACCUACCUUGAGGAAGCCUGCAAGUUGGUAGGCUGCAAAAAAACGUAUUCCAACGAAAUCAAAGACAUUGUCGACUUAGAAUGGAAGCUUUCAGAAAUCCGUUUGCGAGCUGGCAAAAGAUACACUUUGAAAGAACUGACGUACAAGGAACUGACAGAAAAGUACCCUUCAGUAUUCUGGUUCAAGCUCCGCUAUUUGUUGGACCCUAUCAGCAACGAGCAGCUUAACAUAUCCAACAUGACGUUCUUCGUCUCUUCGAUUCUGUCUGAUGUAAUUGAGCUACUAGAUAAAACUGAACCUCGCGUGCUGUACAAUUACGCCAAUUGGAAAGUCCUUCAACACGCGAUUCCCUAUAUGACCAAAGACUACCAAGAUCUGAAGCGUGAGUACUGCAAAACUCAGAAGUGUGAGGAUAUUCCGCGUGAAUUCUUCUGUUAUAAUGCCGUCUUCAGCUAUCUGAGACCUGCAGUAAAUUUGUUGUAUGCCAAGCGCUACUUCACCGAGGAAACUGAUUCUCUUGUUAGUGACAUGGUAGCCAAUAUCAAGUGACAAACCAAGGACCUGAUCAGCAAAUCCAGUUGGAUCGACCAGGACACCAAGAAGGACCACAUCGAUGCGAUAGACAACAUACCGGUGAUAAUUGGCUAUGCAGAAAAGAACAGCACGGAUGAUGAGUUUGUCAAGUAUUACGAAGAAUUGGAGAUCGACACCUCAAAUUUCUUCCAGACGCUCAUGAAUCUGGAAGCGUUUGAUAGUCCGCGAAGAUUCUACAGCACCAACAGCUUAGGUCCGAGAAAUUUUAUCAAUCCGUUGCUUGCUUAUCGUCCAGUGAACUCAGGCGGCAAACUUUAUAUAACCAUGGGUAUGCUUCGAGAACCGUUUUUCAGCGUCGACUACCCAAUGAGUGUUAACUACGGUAUCACGGAAGGGCAAUCGCCAAGGAAUUGGUGAGAGGUAUCAUUUAUCCCCAAGAGUCGAGUAGCCAAGUUAUGAAGGACAAAGUUGCGUGCUUUAAGAAACAGGUCGCGAACAUCACUUCCCAGGACGCGAAAGAACAGCAAUCGUUCCGGACCGGUCUGCUGAUUGGCGAUCACCUAGCCAUGAAGAUUUCUCACCAAGCCUACCAAUCAUGGUUGACCUCAGUUUCUGGUGGCAGCGAGCCCAUGAUCUCGGAAUUGCCGUACUCUAAUCGUCAGAUAUUCUGGAUGAGCUCACUGCAGUACUCGUGUGUUCGAUCCGAGAACAAUACCGAACUUAUUGAGGAUAAGUACACUCCUAUUGAGUUCCGCACGAUGAAAGUUCUUACCAACGUUCCUGAGUUUUACGAUGAUUUCAACUGUCAAAGCAAACCAUUCCUCGAGACACAUGGACCGUCGUAUACUUUUCUUUAAAUUUAGGUUAUUUGUCUAAGAUACUCUUCAAUUAUUGUAUGAUUACGAAAAUAUAUAAUUAUGAA